GUGUCAUUCGUCAGACUCGUACAUAUUGACUUUAUUCAAUAAUGUUAAACAAAAGUGUGUGUUUUUUAUCGAAAAGACUUGCAAGUGUAGCUAACUUAAGGUUAGCCCGUAAUCUUCAUCGACAUUCACAUGAAGGCUAUCUGCACAAUCUUGGAAGCGAACCCCUGGUACAUGCCAGCUUGGGCGAUGUGGUAGCGAAGACAGCACACCGAUACCCGGGACGAGUUGCCAUCCGUUCCAUACAUGAAGACCUCUCUAUUACUUAUGAUGAUUUGUUGAAUCAAGCCGAUUCUUUAGGAUGUGCACUUAGAGAUAACGGUUUCGAGAAAGGAGAUAGGUUGGGGAUCUGGUCUCAUAACUGUAUCGGAUGGGUCGUGGCGCUUGUGGCAGCCGCUAGAGUUGGACUCAUAUCGGUUUUUAUCAACCCCGCAUAUGAGAUGAAUGAGUUAGGUUUUUGUAUAAAGAAAACCCAAAUGAAAGGAUUGUUGAUCGGCGAAACAAUUAAGAAAAGAGAUUACAUAGGACGAUUAAACAAAAUCUUACCAGAACUGCAAACGUCAAAAGAAGGGUCACUCGCAUCACAAAUAUUUCCAAAUCUUACGACUAUUAUGACUUUAGGAAAAGAAAACAUUAAUGGUGUAUCUACCGUAGACUCCUUGAUAAACAGAUACAAAAACAAUUGUGAAAUUUCAAAAUAUGGCAAGGAAAUAAAACCAGAGGACGGCAGCAUUUGUCUCUUGACAUCUGGCACAACGGGUAAUCCAAAAGCUGCUUUAGAUUCUCAUUUAGCUGUCGUCAAUAAUACUUAUUUUUCUGGCAAAAGGUUGUUAUUAAACGAGGAACAUCAAACAGUAUGCUUACAGUCACCAUUGUUUCAUGCUUUGGGCUCAAUAGUGACGUUGAUCUCUGCAUUGCAACAUGGUUCGACAAUCGUGAUCCCUGCGCCUAUAUAUAAUGUAGCUGCUAAUAUCAAUGCCCUGUGCGCUGAAAAAUGCACAGUCGUUACUGGUACGCCUACAAUGUACGUCGAUAUGCUGUCACAGAUAGCGAAUAUGGGCCAACUGCCCAUCAAAUUACGCAUUGCUCUUGCAGCCGGCGCACCCUGUAGUCCUCAGUUGAUCAAACAAAUGAAUGAACAAAUGAAAAUUAAUUAUGUGAGCGCACUUUAUGGACUGACUGAAACAACAGCCUCCGUGUUUCAAUCGCUACCUGGGGACAGUAUUGAUGUUGUUGCUGAAUCUGUUGGUUAUAUAGCCGACCAUACUGAAGUGAAGGUAGUCGAUGAAAAAGGAGAAAUGGUACCAUUCGGUGUUCCCGGAGAAUUAAUGGUUAGAGGCUACAAUAAUAUGAUUUGUUACUGGGAUGAACCGGAAAAGACAAAGAAGACGCUAAGAGAAGAUGGUUGGUUGUAUACAGGAGACAAAUUUACAUUAUCUCCAGAUGGCUACGGAAGGAUCGUUGGGAGAUUUAAAGACAUCAUCAUACGGGGAGGAGAGAACAUUGCGCCGAAAGAGAUCGAGGACCAGUUGAGCACACACCCAGACAUAGUAGAAUGUCAGGUAAUUGGAGUAGCAGAUGAAAGACUGGGUGAAGAACUUUGCGCGGUUGUAUUAUUAAAAGAAGGAGCAAAAUUCACAUUAGAAAACAUGGUGACCCACUGUAAUGGAAAAUUAGCUCGUUUCAAAAUACCUAGACUUUUAAAAACUGUUAACGAAUUUCCUAGGACAGCGUCAGGUAAAAUACAGAGGUACAAAAUAAAGGAACUAAUUGAAUCAGGAAAAAUAUGAAUAUUACAAAAAUAUAACCAUUUUUUUAUAAUUAUAACAACUAAUAAUAUCACUGAGGUAACUUCUUCACUUAGUUUGUGGUUGUUCACCUUUAAUAUUACUUAGAAAGGGUAAGAUACUUUUAAGUAAUAUUUUGCUUUUAUGUAUGUAAACAUAAUAAUAACACAUAUAUAGUCACUUUACAUAUUUAAUUUAAAAUCUUUAAUAUAUUUAAUUUAUUAAAACAAGUUUUUAUUUUAUUUAUGUUUAGAAAUAAAUUAAAUUUAAUAUUCAAUAUUGUAUUAGAAUUUAGAAGCAAAUGUGCGUGCCUGCAUUAUUAUCACCUAAAAUACAGAUUGUUACAGCUUGAGUGUAUUGUUCUUAUAAAUUAAUUUAUAUUCUUCUACACAUUUAAAAUAUUAUUAUUAAGUUUUUAUUUAAGAAUGUGAGGUUUCCUUUUUAUUAUUAUCAAAUAUCUGCUCAAUCAUUAGGAUAAAAUUUUAUAAUUUUGUUGCAAUAUUUGACC